GACUAACUUCCUCUUCGCAUUCACAAUGCAGCGAGUUCUCAGCUCUGGCCGGCAGCGGCUCCAAACCCGUUCCUGCGGUGGGGUGUUUUUCUUCCCCUCUUGAGCCGGAGCAGCCCGGGAGGAAAAGCCUGUCAGGCUGAAUUUGCAGCCCUGGAUGCCUGCCUGCCCCGAUCGCUCUCACGGGGACGGAGUGGGGCUGGGACCAGCGCUCCCUCGCUCGGAGGUGGAUGCGGCGUGGCCGGGAGCGCACGGCGGGCUUUGGGAAGAGAGGCAAGUCGGAGUGAAUCCCCUAUUGUGCAUCCAGGACACGAGGUGGACACUGACCUAUAAUGGCUGGGAAACGACACUUAGAGGACCUGGACCCUGUGACCUACAAGAAGUUACCUCGGCUGGAUACAGAGCCAAAUUGUGUCCUCCCCAUGGGCUUGUGUAAAUCGAGCCCCUUGCCUAGUCAUGGCUCUGAAAACCAUUUCAGCUACAAGGGAACCUACUUUGCUUACCCGCUGCAAAGCCCGGAUGGGACUGAGUCUCUGACACACUGGAGUCCAGCUGCAUCUUACAUGCAAUAUCCAGGUAAUGCUGUCAGCCAACACCUGAGGAGAGACGGAGCGCUGAUGAACUGCCUGCUGUAUGGACGAGAAGCUGAGAGCCUGGGGGUAAGACUACAGAGCUCUGGUGCUGACAAAGGGAAGGACAGCAUGGUCCAAGACCACCUGGUUGUUCAGGAGAAGUGGGCAAAUCAUAUGCAGCAGGCUCAGGGCCACGCUUUCCCAGUGCAAAAACCUGUGCUCAUAAACAAAACAGUUGCUCAGGCACCUACAGGCUAUGCUACCUUGGCAGUGCCCAAGCCAGUUUAUAGGAGCCCUGUUUGCUAUGUGGACCCCAGGGCUUCUAUGUCCUUACAAACUCAGAUGGAGAGCAUACAGAAGAGGCCGUUGGAAGUGGAAUGGACUGCACCAACCCCAGUAUCCUCAGGGCACCAUAUCCAUGCAAAAGACCAGCCAUGUGGGACUGCUUUACCCAAGAGAGCCCAUCACCCUGAUUCCAGGUUCCUGCAGUUACACCAAGGCACAGGGGUUCCCGCUAAAGAGAUGGUAGCAGCCUCUGUAGGCUUUCCACCUUACCAUGCAGCAUUUGACAAAUACAGAGCACAUCAAAGCACCUCCUUCCUUGAAGCAAACUACCCUGCCAUGUACAACAACCAAAAAAGGGUCAAAGAUGUACAUGAGAGUAGCUUAUCCCAACAUACAUGGUCCAAGCUACAGCCUUCCUCUGACAGCCCACUGGCCCAUUCCCAAACAGCAGCCUAUCGGGAUAGAUCUCCAGCUUGCUACUCAGUGUCUCACUACCCACUGACCUCACACAAGCAGAUGUUCCUUUAUAAGGAGACCCCUCAUGCUGAGGAACAGAAUGGCACUCUGUCGACCUUGCCAAUUGCAGGUGGCUACAAAGGAACCAACUUUCCAGGAAUUGGGGAACCUCAGCCCUUUUCUAGCACUUACCUGAGGCAUCAUUCCCCGAGAGGCUAUUACACCAGCCCUCUGGAGAGUUAUGUAUGUAGACCAGCUGGUCCAAUUCCAGUGGCCUCUCCAGCUUUGAAGCCUGGAGUUUCUUCUAGAGAACCUGAGCUCCACCAGAAUUCCAGCUGCAAAGUGGACUAUCUGCAGCAGAACCCCAGUUUUGUUUUUGCCCCUUCUGACAUGGCUUUGUACAAUGCCUCCUUAGCCAAUACGGAUGCUGGUCAUGAUCGACACAUUGAUAGCAGAGUAGCUACUUCUCAUGGGACUCAACUGGUGAGGGAGAACCCCAGAAGCAAAGAGGUUGCUAGCCAGCACAGUGCUUUCCAACCGAUUGGUGCUCCAGAUAGGCUACCCAACAGCUCCGAAAGGCUCACUGAAGCGCUACCUAAAGGAGAGCCAGGCUACAGGUUGGGCCUGUGUCAGACAGAACAACCCAGCCUGCAUAGAAAGGAACAAUCCCACUCAGAGAGAAGGUCCACUUUAUCCAUGAAAGAGCCUAUGCACAGAAACACAGGGAUUCAUGAAGCUCAGUUAGGAGCUCCCAUUGUCAUUACUGAUAGUCCAGUUCCGUACCACCACCACAAAAAAGGAGAAGCCCCCAAGGUCAAAGACAGGCUUGUUUCCUCACCCCAGAUCAUUUCUUCUGAGGAGAGACGGAAAAGCCUGAAAGAUGCAGAGAAUUCUCCUCCCUCCUCCCCACCUAUGCCAGUUAUCAACAACGUCUUUAGCCUAGCACCAUACCGGGACUACAUAGAAGGGUCCAAAGGGCCGGCAGAGAUUUCCUUCUCAAAAGAUCACCAAGAGGAAGAGUCCCCCUUCCGAAACAGCCUUACAGUCUGUAAGGCUAUCUCAGAGUCACCUUCUGCCAAGGAUUCAUUAGAAAAGCCUAUUGGGAAAGAAACAACCCAGGCCCUAAAAACAGAGAUGGGGAUGGGUGAAAACCUCAAUGCAAUACAGCAGGAGGGAAGCUGUGAGAGCUACGAGCCAAAGAUUCUGUCACAUAGCCUGCCAGUGAGAAGUGAGCCACGGAACGGCAGCGUCAGCGCUCCAGCUGCCACUGGGAACAGGGAACUUACUCAAGAUGAUGUAGUGCUAGACCUCAGCUUGAAAAAAGAGCUAGUGAAGGCCAAUGAUCCUCUGGGCCCAGCUGGACAGACCGAGGUACCUCCUAAAGGAGAAUGUGGAGAGGAGGAGGUGAAAGAGGGACCACUCAAAAAGCAGAGGGUGUUCGAGAGUUCCAAGACCCAGGCCUUGCCUUUGUCAGUGGAAAAUAGCUCUGGGGACAAGAGCAACUUCCAGAGCUCGGCAGCCUUCAUGUUCAAAAAAUACAAAAUCUUGAAAUCUAUCCCAGCACGUGCAGUGCCCCCAAUACAAGACAAUAGCCCCCCGGCAGCCACCCAGGCCAACAGCCCCCCAGCAGCCACGCAGGGUCCCCCGGCAGCCGCCCAGACCAACAGCCCCCUGACAGUGACUCAGGGCCCCCUGGAGGCCACCGAAGCCAACAGCCCCCUGAAAGUGACACAAGGUCCCUUGGCAGCCACCCAGGCCAACAGUUCCCCAGCACCCACCCAGGGCCCCCCAGCAGCAACACAGGGCCCCCCAGCACCCAUCCAGGCCAACAGCCCCCUGGCAGCAAUGCAGGGCCCCCUAGCAGCCACCCAGGCCAACAUCCAACCCUUGCAGAUGACGUGCCUUUAUCUGAAACUGCCCGACAUUUCAAAGUCCCUGCCCCCCAGUGCCCCAGAGGCCUCCCCGGCACUCGGAGAGGCCAAUGUCUCGCUCCCCAGCAACUGUGAAUCCCCUGCCCAGCAGACUUCAUCCAGCCAAUAUUUCACUGCAUUGCACAUGUCUCUCUGCAACAGGAUUUCAUAUUUUGUGUCCGGAACAUCUCCAGAGCUCCUCAAGCAAUGGCUGAGGAGGGUGGAGCUGGACGGGGAGCAGAAAGAGAGCUCAAAAUCUCCCCUCAAACCCAAGAAUGGUUCCCGGAUCCUGGAAGCCCAGAAACCCUCCAAAGGCAAGGAGAUCUGGCUGGGUUUCCAGGAUGUCAGCGUGCUCCUCAGCAAGCUGCUGUCUCAGUUGGAGACCUUCAUGUUCACUCGCAAGUGCCCUUUUCCACAUGUGGUUCGAGCAGGUGCCAUCUUCAUUCCCAUUCAUGUGGUGAAGGAGAAACUGUUCCCCAAGAUUUCUGGGGCAUCUGUGGACCACGUGCUGCAGGAGCACAAGGUGGAGCUGCGCCCCACAACCCUGUCUGAGGAGAAGCUUUUGAGGGACUUAGAGCUUAAGUGCUGUACUUCCAGGAUGCUGAAGCUGCUCGCCCUGAAACAGCUGCCUGAUGUCUAUCCAGACCUUCUGAAUCUUCAUUGGCAUGACUGUAUCAAGCACUAUCUUGGUCCAAGUUCACAGGCUGGCCAGCAUGCCUCCAAGUGAACCUGGUGCAGGGACUCUGACAGAUGAAGGCAAAGCAGUAGCAGUUGAUUACGUGAAGAAGAAAGCAACUGGAGGCCUGAUGGCUGCAACAGCUGGAACGUCGGCCAACUUCAAGGGAAAGCACAGGAAAGGAAAGUUUCUGAUCUCGUCUAAGCAGGUGUCUUCUUUCCAGGAGGUGGCUGCUGCCCUGGGACCAGAGAAAACCCAGCCGCUUGACGAGAAGCCUCAGGGAAACUGCUCCCCUCCUGAUGGAGGGGAUACUUUGCUCAAGGAUGGGAGAUCAUCUUCCCAAGUUGUUCCCAGCUCCCUGGAUUCAAAACCAAAUGGACUCCCACUGCCCUCUGGUGCCAAGAGGCAACUUCUCCAAACCCACAAGCCUUGUAGGACCCUUCAGCUGAAGCUGACCAGUAAGUCAUCCAGGAAGACCAGGAGUACCUCAAGGGUUCUGCACCUCCGGAACUCAAUGGUCCGGAUCAAAUUCCAGAGGGUCCUUAAGGGAGCACAGAGGACUCCUCGCCAUGGCACUAGGGGGAUGAGGGGGAGGGGUCCAGCUUCAAGGCGAGGCUGCUCCCUCCUCAGCAAGACCUUCAGGCACGAUGCAGAGAGUCCGACCUCUCCAUCCAGGUACCCGGAAUUGGUGGGCAAACGGAUCAGACAUCUGUAUGAGGAGAAUGACAAGACAGAGGCCUGGUACCAGGGAGUGGUGCUGAGGAUCCACAAGCAUCACAAGGACCCCCUCAAGACCGUGUAUGAGGUGAAGUAUGACAGCGAGCCCGAGUGGCAGUACUACCUGGAGAUCCUGCAGGACUACAAGAAAGGCUGGCUGAAAGUGGAUGAAUGAAAGUGGACCUUGGCCAUCGCUGGUGGCUCGCAGCACUAGUGGUUCCAACUCAGUAAGAGUAAAAAGCUCUGGGGCUUGUUUGUUGUCUUCCGCACCAUGGUCCCAUCUCUAUCAAUGGAUUAAACACACCCAGGUGUCGAUGGAGAGAAAUGCCACAUAACUAAAUAAGUUCAUUCCUUCCUCCUCCCCCACUCACUCUGCACCUUCUGAAUGGACACCAAAGCACUGCUGUGCCUUGUGCCUGUAGUGGGAAGUCCAGAAGAUAAAUUCCACAUGGAAGGUCACUGGGCUUGGUUUAGUGGGAGAGGAAUAAUUGCAUCUAUUCAAAGCAAUAUUUCCCUCAGGCUGACCAUUCUCCCCUAAUCCAUAACCUCCCGUUGUUCCUUACUGGCACGGAUAUCCCGCACCGGGGAGAGCAGUCUCCUUCCUGGAGGCUGGACUCUCCCAUGGAGGCCACCUUCAGUGUUCAAAGGGGACAGGCCCUCCAUGUGCACAACCCCAGCAGCCUAUAGAGGGCACCACACCAAGCACAUGUAACUCAGGAAUAGAGCAGGGAAGUGGUGUCACUCUGUUUUUCCACUAGGCACCUUUUCUUUUCAUCUCUCUUUACACAACCUCCCAGCCAUGCUCAUCCCUCGGUUUUCAGAUGGAAUGUAUUUCUGCUCUUGUGCUCCCCUGACUGACAGUUUGUGUGGGUUUCUGUUAAAAAUGCACCCUUUGAGCAAUCCCCCCUGGGUCUAGCUGGUGACUGCUGGAGACACAACAUCCUUGAAACUGAGUUGCAAUUGGACAUGCGGGACUUGAUUCUGCUGCCAAGGAGUCAGUGGGAGUCAGACCAUGGCUUUCUGUGGAGCAGGAUCUGUCUCUUAGUGAAAUUUUGUGAUUUCCUGCACUCUAUGCAAUCCCCUUGGUGAUGGUUUGAUCUUGCACAGGAUCUAAACUGGUCCUGAAUUUGUCCUUGUACAUCUCCCCCUGUCUGCCAACACACACAGCUUCUUAACUUUUUAAAUAUUCCUUUUUAGUUUUUCUAUGGGGGAUUUUGAAAGUGCAUUUUCUGUGGAGCUGGAAACUCUACAAGAGACAGACUAAGCCCACUCACGUUAACUGCCUCAUUUCUUCCAGAGCAGCUUGAGUGGGCUUGCUGAUGGGUGCUUUUAAGAACAUUGCAGAAUGUACAGUACUGAUUGGCUGGGACAGGGGCAGUAACUGGCUCUGUUUUCCAUUGCUAAUCUUGUAAACCUUUCCACUUUCAACCAAUAUUGGCUGAUCUGUAUCUGAUCUGCUUUACAGAAGUAACCAUGUGUUUUGUUUUUUGGGUUUUUUUUUUAUGGGGAAGGGGUUCUUUGGUUCAAUGUGGGUUUUUUUUUGGGGGGGGGAGAGAUGGGGACCUUCACUUUCUGCCGCUAAAGGAAGAAAAGCUAACCAUGAGGGUAGCUGCUCUAAGAACUACCAUCUACAUCUUCAUUGCAGUGCUCCCCAUCACUCAGCCAACAUUUGCUUCUCCCUCCUUCUUUACACAUACUAUUCAUUAAAUAUAGCUUCUUGCUUUAACACCCUGCCCUUUUUAAUCAUGAAGGGCUACAGAGAUUAAACAGAACAUUGGGAUUAUGACUUCCAUAGUUACAGGACUGAUUUUGUUUGGAAUGAAAACAUUUUAAAAAUGUUAUGAAUUUACCUUUGUAAGGAGCUGCUGCCUUGAGGUUUUUGUUUGUUUUAUUUAAACUUUUGGCUUCACUUGUUAACUUUGCUGAAUCAAGGUGAAGUGAGUUAGUGUCACCGGUUAGGAGCUCGAUUCUUGUGUCGUAGCUGAGAGACAUUCUGAGUGGGUUUUAAAGACCGAUUUAUUUUUAUUUUUUUAAACCUGAUUACAAUGCAAGUCCUGGAUGCUCACUCCUGGGUGUCUUUUUAAGGAGUUCUUAGGGAAUGCACAUGCUGGUGAAAAUCCUUUAUACUUGACAAGGAAAUGGGGACUAUCCUAAUGUAACAAUAAAAUGGGGGUGAGGAGACCUCAGAUAUGUCUUCAGAACAGCUAUAAUUUCAUUUCCUAUAACACUGUUAUGAUUCCGGACACAAUACUGAAGUCUCCCUCUCAUCAGCUGAAGUGAAUGGCUAAGAACUGACACAUCUAUGCUCCACCAGGCAACCAAAUGGGACUGGCUAUUGUGCGGUGGAGAAGUAUAAAAGCAGAUUCUACACACAGGUAUUUUCAGCUGGUCGGGGGAGCGGAGGAACAAGUUAAGAGAAUUUUUUUUUUCACUACAGGAAGUAUUUAUUUUCAAUCUACAAAACUAAAACCAGUGGACUAGUCUUUCCAAAACGGUGUUUUCCUGCUUGUGGAGGCAGUUGCUGCUGCUGCAUUGAGUACCAUUUUAUUUUUAAAAUGCUUGUACUGAACACGCAGGCGACUUGGAAAGAGGGGUUCUCUGUGCCGUUCAUGCACUCUCUUGCCAUGUGCAGUCUGUGAGUAGCAUUGUAAAGCGAUUCGGAGACCAGUGUUUGUAAAUAAUAUUGUAAUUUUUUUGUAUAGAGUUGAAGUAGGAGAAAGUCCUUCACGUUAUUUAAUAUUUUGUAAGAAUAUCACCAUGAGAGGUGCCUCGUCCUGAUUAAAGUGUUUGUUUUGUUUUUGAA